GCAUCGUCAUGCACCCCUGCAGAGACUAUCUUGUCUCCUGCAGUGAGGAUCGUCUCUGGAAGAUGGUGGGUCUCCCAAAGGGCAAUGUACUUCUCACGGGAUCUGGCCACACGGACUGGUUGUCUGACUGCUGCUUCCAUCCGAGUGGCAGCAAGUUGGCUACUUCAAGUGGUGACAGCACAAUUAAACUAUGGGACCUCUCGAAAGCUGAAUGCAUCUUGACAUUUGAAGGACACAACCACGCCAUAUGGUCCUGCUCAUGGCACUCUUGUGGUGAUUUUGUGGCUUCUGCCUCACUGGAUAUGACGAGUAAAAUCUGGGAUGUCAAUAGUGAACGGUGCAGAUAUACUUUGUAUGGACACACAGACUCUGUGAACAGCAUUGAGUUUUUUCCUUUCUCCAACACUCUUCUCACCGCUUCUGCAGACAAGACCUUGUCCGUGUGGGAUGCACGAACAGGUAAAUGUGAGCAGUCUCUGUAUGGUCACAUGCAUUCUGUCAAUGAUGCUACCUUCACACCUAGGGGUCACAUAAUAGCAUCCUGUGAUGCCCGUGGAGUUACCAAGCUGUGGGACUUCCGGAAGCUCAUUCCGAUUGUGUCCAUUGAUGUGGGCCCAAGUCCCGGCAAUGAGGUGAACUUUGACCGAUCAGGUCGAGUUUUAGCUCAGGCGAGUGCCAACGGGAUUAUCCAUUUGCUGGAUCUUAAAUCUGGGCAAAUUCACAAACUGGUGGGCCAUGAGAGUGAAGUGCACAGUGUGGUAUUUUCCCACCUCGGGGAGAAUCUGUAUUCUGGAGGUUCUGACGGCACCAUUCGGUUGUGGCUCUGACCAGCAAUAGCAUAACCUGAUGCAAAGGGCAUUCCCUCUAAUGCUUAAAAAUACUUCAUAUAGUCUGCUCACAAGCCAGCAAGUAACUGGUUAAAACAACCAAUAAAUAAAAUAUUUGUUUUAAAACAAGCUUUGGGAAAAUACUAUAUGGCCCAUACUAUUACAAAUAAAAAUUAUAACUUUUUGCUCA